AUGUCCUACCUACUCUACUCCGUCUCCUUCCUCCUCCUCGUCACCGCCACGGCGCUCUACUUUACUCGCGCCCACUGGCUACCACACCUCGCCGACCUCCCCAUCCCUGGGCGCGACUACAUCUACUCGCGCCUCCCGUCCAGCUUCGUCGGCGAUGUGGAAGCCGGCCUCUCCAGCUCCACAUUCGACCUUGCCGGCAACGUUGAGUCGGGCGAUACCCGCGCCGGCCUCGACGACCGGUCUAAGGCUGAGAUCCUGAAGAUCAUGAAGAAGCGCCGCAUGAAAUUCGACGACGCCCGCAGGGCCUACAUGCAGCAGCGUUUCAAGGCCAACGGCAUCGGACCCGACGGGCGGCCGCUGGAUCCCAAGGCCGUGACGUUCAGCUAA